AUUUUGCAAUCAGCAAUCAACAGCGAUGCAAAAAGAGAAUGACCGAAAAGAGUAUCUCUAUUUUAAUUUUUAAUCCUAUAAAUAUAAUGCGUCGUAGUCCAGGGGGUCAGGCCUUCAUCCCGCAAUAAAUUUUCUCUUGAGAAAAUGUGCUUCCGACCACUGAGAAAAGGACUCUAACACAGUAAACACAAAAGACCUCCGUUCGCUUCGUCUUGAAUUUUAGCUUAUUACUAAGUGUCGUCCGGUUGAAUUUUCGUUUCCUUUUUCUCUGUUUCGAUUUUCUUUUCUUUCCAGCGGCGAAGAAUGUGGAACCUUGCACGAUUCGCCGCUUCCAGUUUGAGCCGAUCCCGGCGGUUCUCGACGGCGAUUCCUGGACCUUGCAUUGUUCGUAAGCGUGGUGCUGAUAUCCUCCACGAUCCGUGGUUCAAUAAGGAUACUGGGUUUCCUUUGACUGAAAGAGAUAGACUAGGCCUUCGAGGCCUUCUCCCUCCCCGUGUUAUAUCAUUUGAGCAACAAUAUGAACGAUUUAUGAAUUCUUAUCGAUCUUUGGAGAAAAAUACUCAGGGCCAAUCAGAUAAAUUUGUUUCGCUAUCCAAGUGGAGGAUCUUAAACAGACUACAUGACAGGAACGAGACUUUAUACUACAGAGUUCUUAUUGAUAAUAUCGAACAGUUUGCUCCAAUAAUAUAUACUCCUACUGUUGGAUUAGUGUGUCAAAAUUAUUCUGGGUUAUUUCGACGGCCACGGGGAAUGUAUUUCAGCGCUAAAGAUAAAGGAGAAAUGAUGUCAAUGAUCUAUAACUGGCCAGCUCAGAAGGUAGACAUGAUCGUAUUGACUGAUGGCAGUCGUAUCCUUGGCUUAGGUGAUCUUGGAGUUCAGGGAAUUGGAAUACCAAUUGGAAAACUUGAUAUGUACGUUGCUGCUGCUGGCAUCAACCCACAAAGAAUUCUUCCAGUCAUGUUGGAUGUUGGCACAAACAAUCAAAAGCUACUAGAAGACCGCCUUUAUUUAGGACUUAGACAGCCUAGGUUGGAAGGUGAUGAAUAUUUAUCAGUAGUGGAUGAAUUCAUGGAAGCCGUUCAUGCUAGAUGGCCUAAGGCUAUUGUACAAUUUGAGGAUUUCCAAAUGAAGUGGGCUUUUGAAACCCUGCAACGAUAUCGAAAAAAGUUUUGCAUGUUUAAUGAUGAUAUACAGGGAACUGCUGGGGUUGCACUUGCUGGAUUAUUGGGAACUGUGAGAGCCCAAGGUCGACCAUUGUCUGAUUUUGUGAAGCAGAAGAUAGUUGUGGCUGGAGCUGGGAGUGCUGGGCUUGGUGUUCUUGACAUGGCUGUCCAGGCAGUUGCAAGGAUGGUGGGCUGCAGUGAAACAGCUGCCAAAAGUCAGUUCUUUUUAAUUGAUAAAGAUGGUCUUGUAACAACUGAAAGGAGCAAUCUAGAUCCAGCCGCUGCACCUUUUGCUAAAAGUCCAAGAGACAUAGGGGGGCUUAGUGAGGGUGCUAGUAUAAUUGAAGUGGUUAAGAAGGUUAAGCCACAUGUGCUUGUCGGAUUGUCAGGGGUUGGUGGUAUCUUCAAUGAGGAGGUGCUUAAGGCAAUGAGAGAAUCUGUUUCGACAAAACCUGCUAUCUUUGCCAUGUCUAAUCCCACCAUGAAUGCUGAGUGCACUGCUGCUGAUGCUUUUAAACAUGCUGGAGAAAAUAUAGUUUUUGCUAGUGGAAGUCCGUUCCAAAAUGUAGACCUUGCUAAUGGAAAAGUAGGCCAUGUAAAUCAAGCAAACAACAUGUAUCUUUUCCCAGGGAUUGGUUUGGGAGCUCUUCUGUCAGGUGCUCGUCUUAUAACUGAUGGAAUGUUGCAGGCAGCCUCUGAAUGCCUUGCUUCCUACAUGACAGAAGAAGAAGUUCUAAAAGGAAUCUUGUAUCCGUCCAUUAAUAGUUUGCAUGCUACAGUAUCCGAAAUGUUACAGCAGAGGUUGGAGCUGCUGUUCUGCGGGAAGCAGUUGCAGAAGGGCUGGCAGAAGGGCGCGGUGAGAUAGGGUUCAAAGAACUCUCGCUCAUGUCAAAAGAAGAGACCGUGGAGUACGUCAGAGAAAAUAUGUGGUACCCUGUAUAUAGCCCUCUUGUUCGUGAAAAAUAAGCAUCCUGAAUUUUCCACAACAUAUUUUUGAAGGCCUAGUGGGAUCACAUAAAAUGUUGCUCCGAUCAAGCCCUCUAUGUUAUUGAUUUAUAAUGUUUUAAGUCAGGACUAGGAAGCUUCUGUGAAAAUGUUGUAGUUCUUGAUUUGAUCUUGGCGAAUUCCCAUGGAUGUGUAUAAUAUUGGAGAUAGAUUACUAGUUCCCCCAUCUA